AUUUUCAAAUGCUAGUGGUUAGAUGCAGGGUCCUCUAUCAAUAUUGGCCCUUCUGUUGGCUAACAUGACAGGAUUCAAAGGAUGAAUUCAAAUUCUAUGUACCUAAAGUUGGCUUUUUUGAGUACUAUAUAUAUUUUUAUUGACUUUAUUGUAACAUCAAUCUUUGUAUAGUUUGUUAAUGCCCAGUUUUGCUACAUUCCUCUUGUUCAAGUGUUUGAUGCUUUUCACAUCCUUGUUACGUCAAAAUGGCCUUUCUUCCAAGCCUCCAAAACGAGUCUACUUCACAUCUUAAUUGCACAAAGCGGGGUAGGAGUGAAGCGGGGGAUUGGCAGCUAGCAUAUAACAUUAUAAGAAAAGCACUUUCAGUGACCAUUAUUGGUGACUAUGAGAAAAUUCCAUGACUGAAAAGGCAACAAAGUGUUUGUCACAGAAGGCUUAACCUAUGCAGAGCCUCUCUCUCUCUCUAUCUCUCUCUCCAUUGAUUACAGCACACAUGAGCCCCACCAAUUCAACACCCAGUAGAGCACUGUCUAGUGCCACUGCCAUAUCGAUUGUCCACCGUCACUCCACCAUAUCAACCGUCCCCUGUUGCUCUGCCAUUGAUGAGGUCCUCACCCCUUCACUACCACACUACUGUCAGCCACCAUCGUCGUUGCAAUAUCAGAGUUUCUGCAUAACUGUGGGAGAUGUGUGCAAGGCUUGGGCAAAAAUUAUAUCUAACUCUUCUUUUAUCAAAGCACACCUCCUUCAAUCAAAAGGUGGUUUGUUCAUCCAGAAGUUUGGUAUGCCAUAUAAUUCUGGUUACCUUGAGCUUAAUGAGGGAGACUUCAAAAUGAAACACCUAGAUUGUUCUGGACAAAUGGUCUCUAGUUGUGGGGGUGUAUCACUGUUUUGUAGCUCACAUCCUAAAAGAUUUCUUUGUGUUGGGAAUCAUGUGACAAUGCAGUAUAAAAGCUUACCUUUUGCGAUUGUGGAGGAGGAGCUUUUCCCCUCUUGUCAUAUUGCUUUCAUUUCUUGCACUGGGGAGUACGAGGUGUUAUGCCAUUGUGUAAACUUGAGUGGAGAACAUAGAUGGCUUGUAUUGUCCGUGGGUAAUAACAUGUCAUGGAGAAAACUUGAGACUUCACUAAAAGGAAAUGAUCUUGAUCCUGGGAUUGUAACUUGAGUCUCUGUUGGAGGGGUUAUUUGUUGGUCCCAAAGGAGCACAAAUAUUUUUGCUAUUGACCUUUAUGAUGAAACUUCUCACUCCAUUCAAGUUCCAACUGGAUUUGUUGGGAGUUUUUAUUGGCUCCCUGAGCGAAUAGUUUAUCUUGUGUUGUGAACCAUCUGGAAGAGGUUUAUGUAUGCAUAUUGAAGGACUUACGUUGCAAUGAAUGGGUUAAACUUUACAAGUUCAAAGAAGUAAUAGAUGGACAAAAAAUUUUAUAUGAUACUUCUGCACCUGUUGGUUGGUUGGAUCAUGGCCAAUCCUUGGUCUUCAUUAUUGAGAAGAUAUAAAAAGUUGGUUGUGGUUUACAAUGAGAAAAUAGGAGAGGCAAGCCCCCUCAUUAAUAUCGGCUUUGAUUGGCUACAGAAACACGCCAAUAGCCUUGUUUCACAGUAAAUAUGCGUUCAAAUUCAAAACCAUUCUUUGAUUAUUGGCUAUAAAAUCAUUUUGCCUUGUACUUGCUAAUUCUGAGUCGAGAAUGCUAUUAAGAGUUCAUUUUCUUGUAUCUAUGUGGUAUUCUACUAGGUGUAGUGUAGAAUGGGCAAGUGGAUGCAUUUUUAUUAUAUAUUUAUUAUUAUUAUUUCAUAA